CCUUACGCUUUCAGAAAGCCGGGUUUGUGUGUCUGUCUGUCGCCGCGAAGAGAGUACACAGGCACGGUUAUAUUAUUAUAUUAAAUUCCUUUAAUACAAAUAGCUUGUUUAUUUUAUAUUCAGUUUCAGGUUUUAUAUCCGAGCCAUAAAUCUCCUUUAUUUUUUAAAACCGGCUUUUUAUUUCGACCACCUCCGACAACAGCGUGGAAUUCCUACUCCUACUCCGGCGGCGUCCAUUCCUAAUCUCCGGUGGAGGAUCCUCACGAUUGUUUUGUGGAAUAUUUUUUCUGUGACUAUUUACCUUUCUACGGAUUUCUACAAUGCUCCUGUCCAAGCUGAACACGUUCGCGCACAUUUCAGCCGUCGACAUGCCUGCGAAGAUCCAGCUCCAAGUGCACCAAGUGAAGGAGAAGGAGCCGUUUGAGAAGGUUUAUCAGGUCGGCUCUGUGUUGGGAAGCGGCGGGUUCGGGACCGUGUACGCCGGCCUGCGGAUAGCUGACGGAGCCCCGGUUGCUAUCAAGCAUGUUGCUAAGGAGCGCGUGACCGAAUGGGGAGAACUGCCCAACGGAGCGCGCGUGCCCAUGGAGAUCGUCCUGCUGAAAAAAGUGGGCACCGGCUUUCGCGGCGUGAUCAAGAUGCUAGACUGGUACGAGCGCCCUGACGCCUUCAUCAUCGUCAUGGAGCGUCCGGAAGCCGUGAAGGACCUGUUCGACUUCAUCACGGAGAAAGGCGCGCUGCCCGAGGAGCUCGCGCGCGGCUUUUUCCGCCAGGUGCUCGAGGCAGUGCGUCACUGCCACUCGAGCGGCGUCGUGCACCGCGACAUCAAGGACGAGAACAUUCUGAUCGACCUGCGCACCGGCGAGCUCAAACUCAUCGACUUCGGCUCGGGAGCGCUGCUCAAGGACACCGUGUACACCGACUUCGACGGUACACGUGUGUACAGCCCUCCAGAAUGGAUCAAAUACCACCGGUACCACGGAAGGUCAGCGACUGUUUGGUCUCUGGGAAUUCUCCUGUAUGACAUGGUGUGUGGAGACAUCCCAUUUGAGCAGGAUGAAGAAAUCGUGCGAGGUCAAGUGCUCUUUAGGCGUCGCAUCUCAGCUGAAUGCCAGCAGCUCAUCAAAUGGUGUUUGUCUCUGCGUCCUGCCGAGCGUCCAUCUUUCGAGGACAUUAUCAACCACCCCUGGAUGCAGAGCACAUCAACGCCCCCUACAGACACCACAGAGAUCCGGCUGCACAGUUUGAGCCACGAGGCAGUCACAGUGUGCAAGUGACUCAGUACCCAGUGACUCAACACUACAUCACCCAGCUGAGAGCCAAUGGCCACCCUCUGAACUAAGCAGCGCAGGAAACGAACGUUGAAAAAUGUUUGUUUUAAUUUGGUUUAAACAAAAGGCAGCUGUUUAUGGGUGAGCCGGGGAGGUUCGGGAUGUUCGACAUCUCGCUCCUGAAAACAGAGUCCGGCCCAGGAAGGGCAACCCGCCGCGUAAGGUGCGACCUUUGCAAACUUGAAGCGGUUCGUGCGAUGCUGGAGUAAAGGCAUGCCUGUGAACGGACUGAGAGAACCCUCCACAGUGGAGGAUACAAGCUCUCAUUUAGUGCCUUGUGUGUGUGAGUGUCGGAAAUAUAUACUUGAAUUGAGUAAUAGCCACUGUACCACUGCUCCUUAUCCAGAUGUCACAAUUUUCUUGCUUCCAUCUCAUCUGCGCUACGCAGAGAGUUACCAAAAUGACCUCAAAUAACCUGUGCAGAAUGACCGUCCUACACCUCUGUACCUCUUACUAUUUCUCUCUUGCUCGCUGUCACUCUCUCUCAUAUAUCCUGACUCAGUAACUCUCAACACAACUACCACUUGUCAAUAUAGACGCACACAGCAAUGCAACUACAACAUGAGAACUACAUUUUUCUUUUGUCAAUACUGUAAAUAUUUAAUGGUCUUAUGACUCUAAAUUCCAAGACAAGGCCUGUGUAGGUAAUAUUUAUUUGAAUGUUUUUCUUGAAAAAACGAAAUCUAAGUGGAAUUAUUUAUUUAUUUAUAGAAAAACAGUUUUUGUUUGACAUUUGUCAUUCCACACUGAAGGGUCCACCACCUAUUUAAAUUUAUUUUACUGUAUUUAAGAGCUGUUUUAAGCAGACUUGUACAUAAUGUAAAUAUACUUUACAAGCACUUCCAUUGUCUGAUGCAAGGAGUACUGAAAAGUCUACUGAUUUUUUUAUUUUUUUUUCUUUCUUUUUAAUUUAAUUGUCUGCUGUGCAUCCUUAGACGAAUGUCAUUGUGUAUUGCAAACGUCUACAUGUUCAGAGUUUCACCUCUAGUUGCAUGACUGCAGCUUGGAUUUUUAUUUGAUUUAGUGAUUGUAAAUUGUUUAGGGAGUUAUUUUUUUACACAAGUUUCAAUAAAUAUUUUUUUAAAUGCUGAA